CUUCACUCACGUUGCGAAUCGUCAAGCGAAGAACUUCUUCACUAUCCUUAAAAGCAAGUUUUCACAAGUGAACAAAGAGAGUAAAAAUGGCCAAAGCACCUGCAGUUGGUAUUGAUCUCGGCACCACUUACUCCUGCGUUGGUGUAUUCCAGCAUGGAAAAGUGGAAAUCAUCGCCAACGAUCAAGGAAAUCGUACGACACCUAGCUAUGUUGCAUUUACUGAAACCGAACGGUUGAUCGGUGAUGCUGCCAAAAAUCAAGUUGCCAUGAACCCUAAUAACACUAUCUUCGAUGCCAAACGCCUUAUUGGUCGUCGCUUCGAAGAUGCCACUGUUCAGGCUGAUAUGAGACAUUGGCCCUUCACUGUUGUAAGUAAUGGUGGCAAGCCUAAGAUCCAAGUACAUUACAAAGGAGAGACGAAGACUUUCUUCCCUGAAGAAGUGAGUUCAAUGGUUCUGGUAAAGAUGAAGGAAACUGCUGAGGCAUACCUCGGAAAGACCGUCACCAAUGCCGUGAUCACUGUACCUGCUUACUUCAACGACUCGCAGCGUCAGGCAACCAAGGACGCUGGUACUAUCUCGGGCUUGAACGUUUUACGUAUCAUCAAUGAGCCCACUGCUGCUGCUAUUGCUUAUGGCUUAGACAAAAAAGCCACUUGUGAGCGCAACGUCCUAAUCUUUGAUCUUGGCGGUGGCACCUUUGAUGUCUCAAUUUUGACUAUCGAAGAUGGCAUUUUCGAGGUCAAAUCUACAGCAGGAGACACUCAUCUUGGCGGCGAAGAUUUCGAUAAUCGUAUGGUUAAUCACUUUGUCCAGGAAUUCAAACGUAAAUACAAAAAGGAUUUAACUUCGAAGAAACGUGCUCUUCGUCGUUUGAGAACAGCUUGUGAACGUGCGAAACGUACUCUGUCUUCGUCUACUCAAGCUAACAUUGAAAUUGAUUCGCUCUAUGAGGGAAUUGAUUUCUAUACUUCGAUCACCAGGGCUCGUUUUGAAGAACUUUGUGCUGAUCUCUUCAGAGGAACAGUAGAGCCAGUGGAAAAAUCACUGCGCGAUGCUAAGAUGGAUAAGGCUCAGAUUCACGAUAUCGUCCUAGUUGGUGGAUCUACGCGUAUUCCCAAGAUUCAGAAAUUGCUACAGGACUUCUUCAACGGAAAGGAGUUGAACAAAUCUAUCAAUCCUGAUGAAGCUGUCGCUUAUGGAGCUGCUGUACAAGCUGCAAUUUUGCAUGGUGACAAAUCAGAAGAAGUACAAGAUUUACUGCUUCUUGAUGUCACACCCCUGUCUCUUGGUAUUGAAACUGCUGGUGGUGUUAUGACUUCUCUUAUUAAGAGAAAUACUACUAUUCCAACCAAGCAAACUCAAACCUUUACCACAUAUGCUGAUAAUCAACCAGGUGUAUUGAUUCAGGUUUAUGAAGGUGAACGUGCAAUGACGAGGGAUAACAACUUGUUAGGUAAAUUCGAACUCAGCGGUAUUCCACCUGCUCCUAGAGGAGUUCCUCAAAUCGAAGUUACCUUUGACAUUGAUGCCAAUGGUAUUUUGAACGUCUCAGCAGUGGACAAAUCUACUGGCAAAGAGAACAAAAUCACUAUCACCAAUGAUAAGGGGCGUCUCAGUAAGGAAGAUAUUGAAAGAAUGGUCAAUGAAGCAGAGAAAUAUCGUACUGAAGAUGAGAAACAAAAAGAAACUAUUGCUGCUAAGAAUGGUCUUGAGUCUUACUGCUUUAACAUGAAGAGUACAGUGGAAGAUGAGAAACUGAAAGAUAAGAUCAGUGCUAGUGAUAAACAGGUUGUAUUGGAUAAAUCCAAUGAUAUCAUCAAAUGGCUUGAUGCUAAUCAGCUUGCUGAUAAAGAAGAAUAUGAACACAAACAAAAAGAAUUGGAGGCUAUAUGCAACCCUAUUGUCACAAAGUUGUAUCAGGGAACUGCAAAUAUGCCUGGUGGAAUGCCUGGUGGCUUCCCAGGAGCUGGAGGUGCUGCUCCUGGUGGCAGUGCAUCUGGACCUACUAUUGAAGAAGUUGACUAAACGUUUACUCACUUGCCACUGCCCUCUCCAUAAUUUAUUUCCAUUCAGGAAAGAUAACAAUUUGAAGAACAUAGAAUUGUUACAGCCUGUGGUCUUUCGUUCCUCAGUAUAAUUUAUCUACGUUUUAGUUUC